AUGGGCUUCAAAGACCAGAGAAUAGCCAUCAUCGGCGGCGGCCUAGGAGGCAUGUCCUUCAUCAACGCCGCCCUGCACGUCGGUCUCACCAACGUGGAACUCUACGAACGAGCCGCUGAAUUCAGCGAAGUCGGCGCCGGCAUCAAUAUCACUCGCAACGCAAACACAAUCCUCGAUUCGUACGGGUUAAAAGAGGCCAUGCUACAGAAAUCAUCACAUGAUUUACCAUACUACAUGGAAUAUCGGGGUUAUCGCAAUGGGGAGUACUUAGGACAUGUUGAAGAGUCCGAGGAUCCCAAGGCGAGAUUGUUGCAUCGUGCACAUCUUUUGGAUACGUUGAAGGAGCGAGUACCCGAUAGCAAAAUUCACCUCAAUAAGAAGCUGGUUAGUGUGAGAAGGAGUGAAGAAAACAAAGGUUAUCAGCUUGAGUUUCAAGAUGGAACUAUUACCGAAGCAGACAUUGUCGUGGGUUGCGACGGUAUCAAGUCCGCUGUACGAGAAUAUCUAGGCAUCAUCGACCAUCCUGAUUAUUCAGGUCAAAUGGUAUAUCGUGGAUUUGUAGAGUACGACAAUCUACCGAACGAGACGGCGCAGUUGUUGCGGGCAACGACAAAUUUUCGAGGUCCGCAAAGACAUAUAUUGAUUCUCCCUAUUGGUAAUGAAGAGUCUGGCACGGCCAAAGCAGCAAUUAUUGGAUUCAUGUCCGAGUUGCUUGAAGACUGGACCUCGGAGAACUGGAUGUCGCGAGCAGAAAUUGAUAGAUUUCAUGAUCAUGUCAAGGAUUGGUGUCCAGCUGUGCAGGAUAUCGUUGCGGGACUACGUAAAAGCUCACCGGAUGGAAAGAUGAUGAAGCAGGCGCUAUAUGUUCGAAAGCCGGUGGAUAAAUGGUUUGAGAUGAAUGAAAGUGAUACAUCGUCGGGGAUCAUCCUUUUGGGCGACUCUGCUCAUUCGACGCUGCCUCAUCAAGGUCAAGGAUCAUGCAUGGCCAUCGAAUCCGGUAUCGCACUCGCCACCAUUCUCAGAUAUUGGAAGAACGACGAUUUGAAUGCCGCAUUGCAGUUCUACAAGGAUCUUCGCAAGCCACGCACAGACCGAAUUACGCAGACAAGUUACGAAGUAGGCAGAUUAGCGAGCGCUCAAGAUCCAGAUUCGCUUGACGACAAGUUCAAUCCGGGCACCAUGCGAGAGCGUAUGCGAUGGAUCAUGGAUUAUGAUUCCUACAGACCAUCCUCCCAUAGCCCUUUCCGGUCCAGGCGCUCUCACCCAGCCCUAAAUCACAUUUCGCUCGCACCACUUACGCCACGAUUUCCUAUCGACGAUUUGCCGGAUCAAGAUGAUUACUUUCAGUCCGCCCACGGACAAUCCACUUCAUACCUUUCCAGCUCUUCAGUCCCGAGCACACCACCCAUUUUGUCACACUCACGCGCUAGCUCCCGAACGCGACAUCACAGGCGCACUAGGAGCUCGAAUCAUGCGCUCAGCGACACCGAUCUUCGCAGUCUAGGCUCUCGAAGAGAACUACAUCAACAACAAAUUCAACAGCCCAGAACAUCAAAAUCGGGCUCUCAAACACCAUCCGCCGCAAAAAGAAAGUCGCAAGAUUCGGAAUGGCUGCUUCGAGCAGGUCUAGCGCUCACAUCGUCAACCCGGGAAGAGAAAGGGCAGAGUUGGUUAGUCAAGAGGGAGAGUUCGACCAAUCUGGUAGCCGAGGUGGAGCCGGAUGUGAUUCGGACAACGCGCCAUCAUCGACGGGGUAGGAGUACACCAUUUGUUCGAUCUGCGCGCUCAUCGGCUGUGUCUACACCGGCAGCUCUUUCGCGACGCCCAUCGAGAUCCCGCGAGCAUAGUCGAUAUGCUAGUCGCGCAGAUUUCGCCAUGACGGCAAUGGGCCCGGAGAGUGGUGGCGCCUCUAGACAUUCCCGUAAAUCGAGUAUAGGAAGCUAUCAUGCCACACUCCCGGACUUUGUGGACGAACGAAUCCGUGCUGAGAUUGCAUCUAUCCAUGGCCGUAGUCUGGAUGAUUACGAUGAUGACUACGAUGAUGAUCACCUAUCUGGUUCAUCGUCCUAUGAUUCAGAGGAGGGGACAGAUGAUGAAAUGGACGAAAACGAAUUUCAGCGUUUGACGCGUGAGCGAGGAUAUGGUCUCGGCACUUGGGUAGAUCAAUUCGUUGGUUGGACUCUAUUUGGUGUGGAAGAGGAUCCUGCCGUUUCACCGCCUCCUGUCUCUGAAGAUGUGUCUAGUCGUCAUGCCACUGUUGCUUUUGAGCCCGCUGCUGCAUUGCAUCAAGACGAGACUAUGGAUGACGAUUCGGGGAGUGUCAUCAAUCAUGAUGAGGCUACGGAAUCUGUAGAAAAGCCCGGGGAGAAAGGGGGAUGGGCUGAUGCAAGUUGGUUCUUGAGACUGGCCAGAAAGGCCAUCAUUUGA